AUGAGCAAGGGAAGAGGGGUGGGGAGAGGGAUAGGUAAAGAAAGGGAUAGCGAAGGGAAAAGAGAUUACUGGGAAUACGGAACAGGGAUAGGGAUGGGCGAAGGGGGAUGGGCAGAAAUGGGUGUGGGGAGAAAGGGCAGGGAGGGGAGACAUAAGGAAAGGGGGAUGGGUGAGGGCAUGGAGGGAGAGAUGGGAGGGGAGGGUGAGAAAUGGGCGAGGGGAGAGAAGGUGAGAGGGAUGGGUGAGGAAAGGGAUGGGAAGAGGGAUGUUGGAAGAGGGAACGGUGAUAGGGAUGGGCGAGGGGAGAGAAGGGGGAGAAAUGGUCGAAGGAAGGGACAUGCAGAGAAAGGAAGAAGCAUCAGUAUGGGGAAACAGGAGGAAAGGGGAUGGGUAAAGGGAUGGAUGUGGAAGGGAAGAGGGAUGGUCGAUGGGAGGGAGGAAAGGGGAUAG